AGAAGAGGAGGACGAAGAAGAAGAAGAAGAAGAAGGAAAAACAGCACGGCAGUUUACGACACUUCUUAUCUUCAUACAUCUAUGAAGUAAACAUGAGGAGAGUCCUGUAGCCGGAGAAAACCCUUAUGGAUCUGCAUGCAGACGUCUACAGUGGAAGGAUUUCUUAGUGAUUUGGCGCCACCUUGUGAUGGAGAACUACAGUAAAGCUCGGACGGUGGAGCAGCCGUCCGUCUGUCCGUUCCCCGGCCUCCCCGCCGACACACCUGAGGUCCGCGUCAAAGAUGGCAGCAAGAUCCGCAACCUGCUGCGCUACGCCCUGAGCCGCAUGGAGGCCAAGCCCCGAGCAGCGGCGGGAGAGGAGGAGGGGGGAGGCGUGGCUGAAGAGGGGCAACAGGAAGCGCCGGGCCGGCCGCUCUGCCGCCAUGUCGUCUUCACAGCGAGCGGUAAGGGCGUGUCCAAAGCCAUCACGUGUGCGGAGAUUGUGAAGCGGCGUGUGAAGGGGCUCCACCAGCUCACCAGGCUGCUGUACAACACUGUGGAGGAGGUGUGGGAGCCGCUGGAGCCCGCCGCUGGCCUCGACAGCCUGACGGUCAGCAGGAACCUGCCCGCCAUCUGGAUACUCCUCUCCAGGGAGCCGCUGGACUGCAGCCAGCCCGGAUACCAGGCGCCCGGCCGCUACGACGCCCUGUGGGCUCAGACUGUCAGCAGAGAGGAGGGUGGAGGCUUCACUGGACAGAGAGCAGGACACAGGAGGAAGAGAGGAGGAGGAGGAGGAGGAGGAGGAGGAGGAGGCGGCAGCGGCAGCAGCAGCAGAGGAAAGGGACCCGGCCGUCAGACUGGACGCUCCAGAGAGCCGAUUAAAGGACAGAGCUGAUUUAGGUUUUACACGCUGCAUGGACACAAAGACUGAAGCGCUUUAAAGCAGAACGAAGUGACAAGUCGGCAGAUUCAAAGACUUUCACACAAAAUUAGUUUCACUUCAUUUCUUUAAAGAUCAACCUGCAGAGAGAGAAUCCAUCACAGUCAGCUCAACGCUCUUCUGUUGAAGUUACAUUUUUACUGAUUGUCAUCAGUUAUUAUUAUUAUUGUUAUUAUUAUUAUUAUUAUUAUUAUUGAAAUAGAGUUAUUUGAGCGUACAGAGGCGACUUUGUGUGAUUUGACAACAUUGCGGCAACUAACUCUUAUCUUCUAGAUGAAUCAAUUACAUAAAAAUGAAAU